AUCCAAGGUCGCCGAAUGAUGAUGUGAAAAGCCGCCCGCCAGUGCCUGCCACGCCCGUGCGGUUAGCUGCGGCGGCGGCAGCUUCGGCUGCUGCUCUCAGGCUGCCGCAGCGUUAGGGACUUCUUCCUGAGCGAGUGCGGGCGGAGGAGCGACGACCCCGGGCCGUCCCCGCCAUGACUGUCUAAGGGGUGAUAAUCACAUGAGAGCACUUACGGCUGCAGAUGUCACCUGACUCAUCGCGGAAAAUCUGUCUUCAAGAAAAUAACCACAUGACCACGGCCAUUUCUUUACUAAAUGGCUUAAUGGAUUUCCUUUACUCCGAUUCAUACCAAAGCUGCCACUUUCAACCAAAGCAAGAAAGGAUUCUGCAUGAGUCAGUCCCAGAAUGCCAUUUUCACAUCACCAACAGGUGAAGAAAACCUCAUGAAUAGCAAUCAUAGAGACUCGGAGAGCAUCACUGAUGUCUGCUCCAAUGAGGACCUCCCUGAAGUUGAACUGGUGAACCUGCUAGAAGAGCAGCUGCCACAGUACAAGCUCAGAGUAGACUCUCUCUUUCUCUACGAAAACCAAGACUGGGCCCAGUCAUCACACCAGCAGCAGGAUGCAUCCGAGACCCUCUCUCCAGUCCUUGCUGAGGAGACCUUCCGGUACAUGAUCCUAGGCACAGACAGAGUGGAACAGAUGACCAAAACCUACAAUGACAUUGACAUGGUUACACAUCUCCUGGCAGAGAGGGACCGAGAUCUAGAGCUAGCUGCUCGAAUUGGGCAAGCUCUCCUAAAGCGGAACCAUGUCUUAUCUGAGCAGAAUGAAGCCCUGGAGGAGCAGUUGGGACAAGCCUUUGAUCAAGUUAAUCAGCUGCAGCAUGAGCUGUCCAAGAAAGACGAGCUGCUUCGAAUCGUCUCCAUUGCUUCCGAGGAGAGUGAGACUGACUCCAGCUGCUCCACCCCUCUUCGCUUCAAUGAGUCCUUCAGCCUGUCUCAGGGUCUGCUGCAGCUGGACAUGCUGCAGGAGAAGCUCAGGGAGCUGGAAGAAGAGAACACAGCCCUUCGAUCCAAGGCUUGUCAUAUCAAGACUGAAACCUUUACCUAUGAAGAGAAGGAGCAACAGCUUGUCAAUGACUGUGUUAAAGAACUUCGUGAAACCAAUGCUCAGAUGUCCAGAAUGACUGAGGAACUGUCGGGCAAGAGUGAUGAGCUGAUUCGAUACCAAGAAGAGAUCUCUUCCCUGUUGUCUCAGAUUGUGGAUCUUCAGCACAAACUCAAAGAACAUGUGAUCGAGAAGGAAGAACUGAGACUUCACCUGCAGGCCUCCAAAGACGCCCAGCGACAACUGACCAUGGAGCUUCACGAGCUACAGGACAGAAACAUGGAGUGCCUGGGAAUGUUACACGAGUCCCAAGAAGAAAUAAAAGAGCUUCGUAGCAAAGCUGGUCCUACUGCUCAUCUCUGCUUCUCCCAGUCUUACGGAGUUUUCACAGGGGAAUCGUUGGCAGCUGAGAUUGAAGGGACCAUGCGUAAAAAGCUGAGUUUGGAUGAGGAAUCUGUGUUUAAACAAAAGGCCCAGCAGAAGAGGGUGUUUGACACUGUCAAGGUUGCCAACGACACUCGGGGCCGCUCUGUCACAUUCCCAGCCCUGCUGCCCAUCCCGGGCUCCAACCGUUCAAGUGUCAUCAUGACAGCAAAGCCCUUUGAGUCUGGUGUCCAGCAAGCAGAGGACAAAACAGUCCUGAAUCAAGGGAUCGGCACGGAGGUUCCAGGGAACUCCCAGCCUGCGAACCAGCUGGAGCCCACUGAAGAGAGUGAUUUGGCCGUAGCACUGCAUCGCCUUAGCCUGCGAAGGCAGAACUACCUAAGUGAGAAGCAGUUCUUCGCCGAAGAGUGGGAACGGAAGAUCCAGGUUCUGGCUGAGCAGGAGGAAGGUAGUAGCAGCCGCGACGCCCUCUCGGAGAACCUGGCCUCAUCCUGCACUGACCAGUCGGACACGAUGGACCUCGGCAGUGCCAGCUGCCUUCGAAGCUUCAUGCCAGAAAAGCUACAGAUUGUCAAGCCUCUGGAAGGGUCACAGACGCUACAUCAUUGGCAGCAGCUUGCUCAACCAAACCUGGGAACCAUUCUUGAUCCCCGACCAGGCGUCAUCACUAAAGGCUUCACCCAGAUGCCCAAGGAUGUCGUCUAUCACAUCUCAGAUUUAGAGGAGGAUGAAGAAGAGGGAAUCACUUUCCAGGUUCAGCAGCCUCUUCAGGUGGAGCAGAAAUCUGCAGCGCCCACACCCGCCCCAGGGAUCUUCCUCCCACCCAUCACUUCAGCAGGUGGACCAGUUACAGUUGCAGCUUCGAACCCAGGAAAGUGUCUGUCGUGCACGAAUUCGACAUUCACCUUCACCACCUGUAGGAUCUUACACCCCUCUGACAUCACUCAGGUCACUCCCAGCUCCGGUUUCCCGUCACUGUCCUGUGGGAGCAGCGGGAGCAGCUCAUCCAACACAGCUGUGAACUCCCCUGCCUCAUCCUACAGACUCAGCAUUGGUGAAUCCAUCACAAACCGGCGCGACUCCACCAUCACUUUCAGUAGCACAAGGAGCUUAGCCAAACUCCUGCAGGAGCGAGGCAUCUCUGCCAAAGUGUACCACAGCCCGGCUUCAGAGAGCCCCCUCCCACAGCCUCGCCCCAAGGCCCUGGCCACCCCUUCCACACCACCAAAUUCCCCAUCGCAGUCACCAUGCUCCUCUCCCUUGCCCUUUGAGCCCCGAGUUCAUGUCUCUGAGAAUUUUUUGGCUUCCCGACCAGCUGAAACAUUCCUGCAGGAAAUGUAUGGCUUGAGACCUUCAAGGGCCCCUCCUGAUGUUGGCCAGCUGAAGAUGAACUUGGUAGACAGGCUGAAGAGACUGGGGAUAGCCAGGGUGGUCAAGACCCCUGAUCCCCAAGAGAAUGGAAAAAGCCAAGAGGCAGAAUUGGGUCUUCAAAAGCCAGAGUCUGCUGUUUAUUUAAAUUCAAGUGGCAGUUUAUUGAGUGGACUGAGGAGGAAUCAGAGUCUUCCGGUCAUGAUGGGCAGCUUCGGAGCCCCAGUUUGCACAACCUCACCCAAAAUGGGUGUCCUGAAGGAAGACUGAGGCUCAGCAUUAAGUGACCUCAUAAAUAAACUCACAUAUGAAGGACAGAAAUGCACUGAGAAUGGGGACCGCCUAACUUGAGAGAAAAGGAAUGUUGCAGAAAGGCUGUGAAUGUGGAGAGGGUGUAGUGAAGGGAUGGACACAUUUGGAUGAGGUCGUGGAGGAUGGAAUCCAGUAAAAAGAAAGUAUGGACGUGAGCAGUUUGGAAACAGAAACGGAGGGAAGGGUUAGUUUGCUCCUUCAGCUGAAUUCCCUUGCCUUGGAGAUAAGAAGUGAAUAGGAAAAUAAAUCUAGCUGUAUGGAAACACGACAGUAAUACUGGGCUGCCAGCACCUGUGUCUCUAGAGCGUACAAGCGAAGAGCCAGGGCUGUCCAGAAGGAAGCUGUUCCCAAGGGUCGAUGCAGUGCGUUGCCUGUUACUGAGCGCGUAGGAGACGCUUCCCCUGCUGGUGCGUGGUCAAAUGCAUCCGUCCAAUCGUGUGCUCGUAUCUUUAGCAAAAUAAGAAUUUUAUCUUGUCCUUUACACCAGAAAUGGAGACUUUCUCAUUUCAGGACUUUCAGGCACUUAAGAAUCCAAACAUACCCAGUAGAUUCCUUUGUAUUUAUGGUUAUUAAAACGCCAGUUUUUUUAAACUUGUAUUUUUGUACAACACAACAAAAAUUUUUAAAAUAACAAUGUGAGUGGGCUUGGGAGGGAUUUUAAGAAGGAAAGUAGGGGAUUAAAUUGGAAUCAGGAAAAUUUUUUAGGAUGUUUCUUCUGGACAAUACAGUGGCCAAGGAAUGCAAACAUAAUUGCAUGUUUCUCAGAUUUCCUUGGAGGCGGGAAGGGUUUAAACCAGAAGUGCAAUCAAUCAGUAGGCAUUAAAUUAUGUUGUAUAUUUAUAAGUGUAAACUUUUAAAGAAAAGUUAGUUGUAACAUAACUUUUUCCAAAGUAUGCUAUGCAUAUUUUUAAUGAAAGAUGACAUGUAUUUGCACAAAAAUUCUCAGGCACAUUAAAUUAUAAACUGGAGUGCAACCCAGGUGCUUGCUUUGAGCGUGUCUUUGUUGAGUUGUGUUGUUUUCCUUAUGUGCAUUAAAGCAUCUGCCUAGUUGUUGGUGCCUGCAGAAGUAGAGAAGGGUCUUGUUUGUGAGGAGCUGAGACUUCUUUUCCUCUGGUUUUUCUUCAAGCUGAGAAACCAUUGAGGCAUGAAGGUGCAGUUUCGGCCUUCAGCAGCGUGAUGCAGGCCUCGAGCUGGGGGGCUACAGGUCUGCUUCCUGAGGUGGCAGGUCAGGGUCUGCCUCUGAGGGUGGUGUGGCUUUGUCUCGUGGGGUUGUUCAGGAAAGAAUGUCACUGGUGGGAGAAGAUGAGGGUGGAACCGCUCUUUUGUUUGUGAAAGCAGGAAGUCUUUUGUUUGGUCCUCUUGGUGCUUAACUUGCAAGCAUUUUGCUUGAGAGGAAUGCAUUUCUGCCAGGGAGUUCCUUCCUUCUCUCCUCAGCCUCCUCCCCAAGAAGACUUGCACUCAAAGGGUUAAAACCAACAUCCAUACAUAUGGGUUUUCUAUGUUUCUAGACUCUUUAAUAAGACUUUUCUAAACAAAUGUCUGAAACAAAGGGUAGAGCUGUCCCUGCCCUUUGUCCCCUGCCCAGCCUAGCUGCUGUCAACAGAUCACGCACACACUUGUGAAGGGCUCCUGUUAGCAGGGACCCUGCACGAAGCAGGUGUUAGUACACAAUUCCUGAUGCUUAAAUUUUCUAACUAUUCCAGUUCACCUUUUAAAAAUAGCGUUUGCAUCUUUAGUCUAGAAAUAACUGGGCGCCUCCCUCAGUGAAGUCGUCAGGCUUUGUCUUGGUUCUUGGCGAAGGGACUCUUUCUAUUGCUCAGACAUGUGUAGCUUCCUAGGAAGGAACAGCACGAGGCAGAGAAGCGUGGGGUUGAGGGGGUAGUGAAGUGUCAGAUAACCAGGUUUGUAUGUGUUACAGACACUGCUUGAAAAAGGGAGCUAGAUCUUGGUGGAGUUCCUUGCUGAGAGUAAUUCUGUACUUCUGCAAAGUGACCACUGGAGGCAGAGUGGUGUCUUAGCAGCCAGGUGACCUCUGGUCAGAGAACCAGACUGGGGUUUGUGAAGUUAAAUUGAUCUUGCUGUCCUGUCAGCAAGAUUGUGCCCUGUGAUUGUGCCCGUGCAUGCUUGUCUCCGCAAGUGAAUCCUGUCUUAAAGCUGGGGUUUGCUGAUUUUGAAGCUGUCACCUAAAAUUAUUUUUGGUACAGCCUGAGAAGCUAUUCCGUCAGACUGUCUGUGAAAUGGAACAAGAACUAGAGCCUUUGAUACUGUUUACAUUUUUGCUUCAUUUACGGUAUCGGCUGGUCUGUGCUUUCAUGCUUGCAUGGGAAAACCCAGUGUUUUCUCCUUCAGGAUUUUCUGUUGUGGUUUCUCAGGUAUUUCUGAGUACCCUGUUAACCUCGUAGGAGAGUCUUCUUGAGCUCAGACUUAAAACUGCCCUGAAUUUUGAAGAUCCCAAAUCUUCUGUAAAUAGCUUUAGGUUUAAAUCUUCAGAUGUUAAUGUUAUCUACACAGGCUUUGUUUUUAGUUCUGAUCAGACUCUGUCAAGGAAGGAAGCUAGAGGUAGCCGCAAGAGCCUGUGUUCUGUUGAAGGGACGCUGCACACGGCCUUGCCGGCUCCUGGUGCAGAAUUGGUAAUGGCAGUUCUCACGGCAUCCCGGGCCAGGACCGUCUGUGUCUGGGCUCCUCUCUGCUGUCAGGUAUGUGCAGACUGCGCUCCUAGCACACCACAGGCGUGCGCAGUGCCUGUCCCUAGCCAGUCCACACCGAGUGUGGCCCUGGGCAUGGCAUGGGGUCCUGGGGGCUCCAGGAAAAUAUUGUCAUGUUUGGAACUUGACUUUGUCAAAUAGCUCUUUAUGCACCUUUUGCUUUAUCAAUUGUAAAUCCGAUAAUAAAUUGUAAAUCCAAUAAUAAACACAAGUGGCUUCUUAACUUA